UGCCUUAACCCGGAAGUGCAUGAGCAGGACUAAACUACGUGGCGGUGAAUUCAGUUACUAAUUAAUUACUGAUCUCUGCGAACUAAGUGUGUCCUGUUCUGACAGUUCACGUGUUUUUAUGGUGAAACACCCCGAAACAAAUCAAGAUUAACCGUAACCUUAUACAACCUUAUUAUGCCUGACGUCACACAAAACAGCAGAAGACUCCACAGGACUUUUUCACAGGAUGCAACCAGAGGUUCAGGUUCAUGAGACAGGGAGGAAGAAGGUAUUCAAGCUGUCACCCUUGCUUGACAAUGACUCACAUCCCCAGUGUCAGCUGCUGCUGUUAGACUGUUCAAUCACAGCUGCUUCCAGUGACCCAUCCAUCAUUACCAGACUCUUUAGAAUCUGAUUUACUGUGCAGCACAAAUUACUUACUUCAAUUCCAUCUAUAAAUGUGUAUUUUCCUUUUUCCUUUCCUUUUUUGUAAUUUUAAAUUGUAUAUACUGUAGUCUUUUCUUUUUGUGCCUUGUCCUAAGAUUGUAAAGAUCCAUGUGUCAGGUUGUGUGAUCAUGUUACUUUAACAAAAACAACACAAGUUUAAACUUUAGAGAGCAGGUCUGUUUAAAUCAAAGCAUCACUGGGGAACAGAGAAGCCAGUGUGACCGCACUGCUGUUGAUCUGGGCCAAUGUUUAUUAGUGUAAGGCGUGUACUUGUGCUUUGCUUCAUUACACCCAAGCUAUGGCUUGAUCAGUAUAAAAUAGAUUAACUCUAUUUCUUAGUUCCUAUAAUUGUUAAAUAAAGAAAGGAAAUGCUGCAUUAUUCACUUCAAACCAGCCUGUAUCACCUAAUGUAAAAGUAGAUACCUUUCUUAUUUAUAUUUUAUUUUUAUCUUUUGACAAAUACAUUCCAUUCUCAAAUUUCCAACAGUAUUCUUAGGACAUAAUAGUAGAUAUAUACUUAAAUGUUUAUAUGUAUGAACAUAUUUCUGCUAUGGUCAGUGAUUUGUCAGUACAAACUCUUUUUUGUUAUUUCGGUGGUACAUGUAAUCGGUUGUGCUGGUGCUAAUGAGCGGCUGUGUAUUCACAGCAGGAUUUGUUCCACUUGUAUAUGUUAAGUAGCCAGUCAGUGUGUACUCUUCACUCAAGGCAUCACGGUAGAGCAGCUGGUUUAUUUUAAGGUGCAUAGGUGUAACAUAUUGUUUUACUUUAGUAUAUACACACAGUAUACAGUAAGUGUAGUUAUUAGGACCUAUUAAGAGAGACAAGCAACUCAUGUCUGUCAAUAUCCAUUGACUACAUCUAGUUUAUCAGUAACUUUGUGUCCUCUGUACUGUAGCAAAUACAAUGAAAGUGAUUGGCUGUUUGGAAGAAGGUGGGAUGGCAGUGGUCAUGUUACAGAGGUUCAGAUUGGUGUUUGUUUGUAUGUCUUGCUGUAGCAUGGUUGUUUUGAGUAGUCGUUGUACUUUUCUAUUCAUUGUUACAUUUACCACUAUUGGCUUGGAUCUUAUUUGUACCAGAGACAAAAACACGGGUAAGUUUCCUGCCUCAUUUUGGCUGAUUUCUGCUGUUUCGUUAGUCUUCAGUGGAUAAUAUGUUGGUCAGUAUUGUUCCAACUAAAGAAUACAACCUACAGUAUACAAUCAGUUGUGUACUGAAUUGGUUUCAAGUCAAAAAUACAAGGUUAAUCUCCAGACAAAUCACAGGUACAUGACUGAUGACAGAUGGUUCGCUUAAUUGAAUUUGAACCGUUGACAGUAGCGUAACAGGGAUGUGUAGGCGAACAUGUUGUGUUAAUAUUGCCCUCCUUUUGCGUAACAGGUGAAACUGACUACUGGGUCAUUUCACAGCAGUUCCAGAAAAUCUUCUCAUAUAUUUGAAGUGGUUGCUUUUCAUACCUUGUACUUAAGGCCCCUGUGUGCACAAGUUCACCACCACGAAAAGAGAAAGCCAAAUCCCACAUCAGCUAGGCUGAGGAACGCUGACUGCUGGUGCGUAUCUUACACCGGUUUUGCAUAAUACAAACGUGCAAAAAAAUUGUAAAAGGAAGGAAAAAGGCACAAGGGGAGGGGGCACUGAGCAGCUAUGAGGAUCGUGCUGAGAUGGCUGAUUGCUCUCCAGGGAGGAGGAUGGGAGGGAAGUUGGGACGAGAACUCGGGCAGAUGGGUUUUCAGACAAGUCCCUUAUGAGCCAGGCUGCAUUGUUUCUUUUGUUGAGUUAGUUUCUCCCACCAGGACAAAUGAACGACCCACACACCAUCAGCUGAUGCAACACACUCACAUUAAUUGGAUGAGGUCUGGAUUGGUUGAUUAUUUUUAUUUUAUUUUUAUUUUAUAUUCGUGUUUUAUUUUGUGUUUCAAUAGGAUACUAUUGUUGUGCAUGUAUUUAUUUAUUUAUUCAUGCAUGUAAUUUGAGCAUUCGUCUAAUAAAUAUUGUAUCUUUGUAGGACAGAUAAACAGAUAAAACACUUAUUAUUUAUUAGGAAAUUAAUCUGAUAGAAGUAACCCAAUUAGUGCUUACCUUAUGUUAAGAUACAGACAGAAAAUGAUUCAGUAAUAUAGAAAACUAUUGUUUAUUCAUUAUCUUUUUAUAAUUUACAUUAUGAGAGUGAAUUAUGUUAAAGUUUAUUCCAUCACUUAAUUAUGAAAAAUGUAUGAUCAUUUCUAUUUCUUUAUUUCCUCUGUGUAUACGUUGAGAAUAUAAAUCAGUCUUAAUGGUUCUAAACACUGCUGCUAAUUUUUCCAAACGAUGCUACACAGCUUAUUAAUUUCCUGAAUGUCCCUCGAGAUGUUCUGCAGAUUGCAAAUGUUGUUUGUGUCCUGGAGCAGGGUGUUUCAGGCAGAUGUGUUUUAGCUAAUACAGUCUGAGAGCAGCUGGGCAGGGCAGGGCUAAUAGACCAAAUGACAUCAUCCAGAGAGGGAGAGAGAGAGGGAGAGAGAGGGAGAGAGAGGGAGAGCCUGUGAACGAGCUCGCCUAGGGCAGUGGAUUGAAGCAGGCCAGCUCAGAUAGAGACGACAGCGGCAUGAGAGCGGGACAGCGGGCGUGUGUGAAAGGGAGAGGACCAGACAACACUUAGCUGACUUUGACCAGGAUAUAGGACUCCACCUCGAAGAUUCUCUCUCCAGUCCCUCUCCCUCCUCCAUUACACCUCUCCCUUCCCCCUUCCCCUUUCCCCCUUUCCCUCCUUCAUCCUUUGGCAGUCACCCCCCUGUCAGCUCCUGCUCCGUGCGGCUCCUCCGGGCAUGCUCCUUAAGCCAAAGUAUGGCCGCUUCCGCAAUGAGUCAGUGACCUCCUCCGACGACCUGAUGCAGAGCUUAGCCAUGAGCGGCAAAGUUGUGGCCACGCCGGUGGCCCCCUCCUCCGCCACCAGCCUUCCGCUGCCUCCCCUGCCGCCUCUGGAUGCCGGUGCCAGGUCCGCCUCCUCAGCCGGGGCUGCGGCUCUGGCAGACUCGCCCUGCCUGGAUGGGGAGCAGGAUGCCACCACCACCUUCUGCAUGCUCAUCCCCAAGAUGCCCCAGUGGAAGUUCUCCAACUCGCUGCUCAGCCGGAGCCCGUCCAACUCCAGCUCCAGCUCCGGCUCCAGCAAGGACUCGGGCAGAGCUGCGGCAGCUCCCUCCCAGGCCUCUGGCCCCCCUUCGUCAACGACACUCAGGCACAGCGGUGCGACCUCAGCCAGUGGCCCAGUGGCCAGUCUCGCGGCAGUGCUUAACUCCUGUGACCCUGUGUGUGUCACCCCCUGUUCAAUGCAGGCCAUUCGGGGGCAGAGAGCAGUAGCUGGGGCAAACUCUGCCAGUCCAGGGGGCCACGGAUUUGGGGCUACAGAGGUCAUAGCGAGCCCUGGGGGUUCGAGCAGCUCCAGAUCAGGAGCGAACCGCAGAACAAGGGUGGAAGGCAUGUGGCUGGGGGGCGAGGACUUCAACCAGAAGGGCAGCUUCAUCCACAAACCCUCCCAGGGUUGGCUGCAUCCUGACAAGAAGAUCGCAGGACCCGGGGCAUCGUAUAUUGUCAGGUACAUGGGCUGCAUCGAGGUGCUGAAGUCGAUGCGAUCUCUGGACUUCAACACACGAACUCAGGUGACAAGGGAAGCCAUCAACAGGCUCUGCGAUGCUGUGCCAGGGGGCAAGGGAGCCUGGAAGAAGAAGGCGAUGAACAAAGCCCUCCAGUCCGUCAUGGGGAAGAGUAACCUGCGAUUUGCCGGCAUGAGCAUUGCGGUCAACAUUUCCAUAGACGGCCUGGGCCUGCUGAUCCCCACCACACGGCAGGUCAUAGCUCACCAUCCUAUGCAGUCCAUCUCCUUUGCCUCUGGUGGAGACACAGACACACCUGAUUAUGUUGCAUAUGUGGCCAAAGACCCAGUGAAUCAGAGAGCGUGUCAUAUCCUGGAGUGCUCUGACGGUUUGGCCCAGAGUGUCAUCAGCACCAUCGGCCAAGCCUUCGAGCUGCAGUUCAAGCAGUACCUGCACAGCCCACCCAAAACCAUGACGUCCAUGGAGAGGCCCGUCAGGCAGGAGGAGCCAGUGUGGGCUGAAGAGGAGGAUGUCUCUGAGCAUGACUACUACAACAGCAUCCCUGGAAAGGAGCCUCCUCUCGGGGGAGUAGUGGACUCCAGGCUCCGAGCCAGCGGAGUCCUCCUGGGUCACAUGCAUGCCCAGCCGCAGAGCAAGGCAGCAGCACAGAUGGGCUCCGCAGCUAGAAGAGAGCAGGCUGCUUAUCCUCCUGGUCAGCUGUGUUAUGAGCUUCACUGGGACACUGAGGCCACCAGCAGCUCAGGUCUGACGUCUGAUGGCUACCUGUGUGCUGACAGCCAAGCACAGAGCAGCAGAGACUACGAGGAGCAUCAGUACGUCAACACGCGGAGCCUGGAAAACCUGGAUUCCCUGGCACACGGCCUCAGCGGGCACCGAGGGCUCCGGGUCCCCGACAGCCCCAAGAAAGACCUCUUCGACAUGAGGCCCUUCGAGGACGCCCUGAAGCUCCACGAGGCCGGCGGUGCGGGCGCUCAGGCCGCGGGGGGCAGCGUCCGCAUCCUGGAGGACCAGUGGCCCAGUCCCCCGCGGCGCCGGGCGCCCGUCGCCCCCAACGAGGAGCAGCUCCGCAGGGAGCCCUGGUACCACAGCCGCAUGAGCCGGCGCGACGCCGAGAAGCUCCUGGUCCGAGACGGAGACUUCCUGAUUCGGGAGAGUACGACCAACCCGGGACAGUACGUGCUCACAGGCAUGCACUGCGGCCUGCCCAAGCACCUGCUGCUGGUGGAUCCGGAGGGAGUGGUUCGCACCAAAGACAUGUUGUUUGAGAGCAUAAGUCAUCUCAUCUCGUACCAUCUGAAGAACGCGCUGCCCAUCGUGGCAGCGGAGAGCGAGCUGCACCUCAGACAGGUGGUCAGGAGGAAGCAGUGAGGCAUCUGUGCCUGCACCACGCGAAGAGCUUCCGGCUCAAAUGUCCUCACGGAAUCUACUUCUCAUGGAUACUUAAAGUAAGACGACUGAAGGACGUGGCUCCGUCAGUGCUGAACUCUGCCACCAGGGGGCAUCUGACCUCUUCUUUCACUCAGCCCAGUUACCAGGAUCAACCAGACUACCCCACACGUGUCAUAGGCUCCUCAGCAUGCAGCCGUUAAGACGCCGCCGACUCAGCACUGAGCUGGACGGGCGUCGAGCGGCGUCAAAAACUGGACCCAUGACCGGAGAGGAGCCGGCAUCAGCGAGCCGCACGAGCAUCACAAUGAACAAUCACCAGAACCAAACUCUCUGCGUAUCUGGUGUGAGUAGAGAAACUGAAAUAAGAAGGAGACUCUGGCUGAGACAGAAGAGGAAACGGCUGCUUUGCCAGAGAGUUCGUCUCUGCAGCAUUUGAGUCUAAAAUGGCACAAACGCACUGAACACAAGUCAGUCCUGGAUUCAUCAUAAAGCCCCACCUUCCUUUGCCUUCUCCCUUUCUUUACAGCCCAAGCACCAAAUCCUUAAUCUUUACGUAUUCAACCAAAUACUUCACGUCUACCACAGAUAUGUCGUUAAUAAGGGCUUUAAUCGUUUGUACGUCUGGUCAGGCUCAGUAUAAAGAUGCCUGUUUGCCCCCGUCCCUCCCGCAUCAGUGCCUUAAUAACCACAGACAGGCAUUUGUGUCAGUGUGUCUAAUGUGCAUUAAUGUGCGACUCUAUUGCGAAGGACUCGUUUUCUUGCCAAUGAAUGACUGAGCUUCAGGAUGUCGGAGCUCGUGUGAACAGUGAUUAAGCUGCUCUUCUUUUGCGUUGAAUAAUGCUUUAUUGUGUCUCGUUCCCUUGUUUUGUAGAGGCAGUCGUGGUAAUUCUAACCAGGUGAUUUGUGCUUCUUCAGGCUCAGGAAAAUAUCUUAGUUUAAUGGUUGUCAUCGUUUUGUUUGUGCGGUUUCUGCCUCUUUGCAGGACUGACGGUAAGUUUCCCGAUUGAACGCAUUCAGAUGUCACUGAACAUCAGCUGUUACGACUCGUAGUCGCUUGUAUGCGUUUUGUCUUUGUGUUAGCGAUCCGCCGCUCAUCUGAGCUGCAGCUUCGUGAAUGUGCAGAGGUCAGUUGACACAGAGCUUUAGGUGAGGUCCAAAUGAUCAAUGUCAUUUUUUGCUUUCUCAGGAAUUUCUUGUAUGUUUUCUUCUUUGAUCAAGCUUGAAGGUUUUUCUCAAUAAAUAAGUGGGAAAGAAAUGCUCUGUGUGCUGUAGCGAAGGCUGCCAGCGCUGAGACACGGAG